AUGUCCACCCCCCCCACGCCGCACGCCCGUGUUCAGCCAAGGCAAGUGGCGUUCCUGGCAGCUCUCGAGAAGCGUCAUUUGUUUUCGCUGCAAGUGCUCGAAGAUCAGGGCUUCAACUUCUGUUCCGAGCGCUCUGAGCUGACUUUGGCGCAAGCCAACCUGGAAGACCCUCAGAUCCGUCAGUUCGUGGAGGAGGCACGCGCACGACGUGCGGAGAAGGACAGUGCGGAGGUGGCUCAGACCUUGGUGGAGCAUCUCGAGGAGACCUUUGCCAAGGCACGCUCCGGCAGCCAGGUCGUCGCGGAGGCCUUGAUGAAGCAUAUGGAUCUUCUGGAGGAGCAAACCGUCCGCUUGGCACGUGCGCUGGCGGCACAGAUCUCCUUUCGAGAUGACCCAGUCGCAGUGACCCUGGCACAACAGUUGCUCUCCAACGACCCGUUCCAGCGGAAUGCGGCCAUUGCUUUGGCGCAAGACUUGCUGGGAGGCGGCCGCGACAGCCGCUGCAGUAGCGCGCGCACCGCGCCCCUGAGCAGCGCCGGCGAGGUCUCGGUCGCCGCGUCUGACGAAGCGGAGGCCCUGGCGAACCGGGUCUUUGCACAGCUCAAGGACGAGUCCAGUCCCGCCGCCUCCCGCGGCGCAACGCCGGAGCCAACGGCCGAGCCUCCCGUGCCACGGGGCUCAGCGCUGGCGGAUUUUCUGCUGGUCUCGCGAGCUUUAGCAGAGCAUGUGCUGGCUCGAAGCGCAUCUCCAGCGAGUGAAGGCUCCACCCUCGCCUCCCAGCUGUUGUCCUUGUGCGAAGAUCAGAUGGAUGUCGCUCGUGCCCUGGCGCGCCACUGGGAACUGCAAGCUGCAUUGCCAAACGCUGCGACCGGCGUUCCGCUGGGGACGGGACAGCCGGCGCGCGGCCCAAGCCCUGGUAGCGCGACGGCGGUGCACAGUGCUACGACCUACCGAGACGCGAGUGAACCAGGAGACACCGAAGCCUAUGCACUCACCGCUCGGCUCUUCAGCGCUGGCAGUGACACCUAUGCCGAGCCAACUGCGGAGCCAGAGGCACUUGAAUCUGAUCCUCCGCCAGUUCCGGAUGACCUGGAGAUGGAGAUGCAGGACACGGUGAAGCCGAAGGUCACCGAAGGGGUCACGGCACUUCUGCAGGACUUGGAGGCCUUGGAUCGUCGACUGGAUGGUGAUGAAGCGGUCGAAGCGGCUCCACACGUGAGGGAAACUCCAUCGCCGGAGAUCGCGCGGGAUGAGCUUGAGCUGAUCGUGGCACGUGUGUUAGCGCAACAUGCAGCGUGUCCUUCCAAUUGA